AUGUCUGACUUAUCCCUCCUCAGGGACGAUGUCAGUCAAAUAAAGACAAAAAUUCAAGAAAAAAUGAUUGGUUAUUCAGAUUUAAAUCCAUUCCAAAGGGAAGAACGAGCUAAAUUUAUCGAAAAUUUAUUAGAGGAAUACCAUACACUUAUUACAGAAGCAAAUGGACAAGUUUUAAUGUGGGACAAGGCACAAAUGAUCGCUGGUAGAAAAUUUAUUGAUCAAACAGAUGCUGAAAUGAAAAAAUUAGAAUAUCAAUUUCGAGAAAUGCAGAAAAGAAUUGAACAACGAGAAGCACUUAUGGCAGGUGCAUAUCCACCAGAUGGAGAUUCUCAAGAGUUACUUUCAAGAAACUCUGACGAACUAAAUAGAGGAGACAGAUUAAUAUCUGAGCUUAGUCAAAAUGUUUCACAAGCAAAAGACUCCGGACUCAAUAUAAUGGAUGCUUUAAAUACUCAACGAAGAAAAAUUCAAGAUAUUGACGAACAUUUGACCAGACUUGAUACAAACGUCGAAACUGGCGAAUUAAUUAUUACAGAAAUGCUCUGUAGGAAUGAGAGAAGAAAAUAUUUCCUUUGGGGUAUGAUUGCUCUACUUGUAAUUGCAAUCGGUAUAUUUUUAUACUUUUUGAUCUUCAAAUAA